AUGGACGUCGGGAACCAUACGGAGACCCAUCACAUCACUGCCCAUGGCACCACGACUCUGGAAGUUGUCUACACCAAUGAAGAAGCUACUAUGGAGCGAAUCCUAGCCAUGUAUGAGAAAUGGCUCGAGAAGGAGAAGAACAUGUUCGUUGGACUUGACCUCGAGUACACCCCACGUAGCACGUGCAAGCGACAAGAGAUGGUCGUCUUGCAAAUCUCCAUGCGGCAGCACGUCCUCGUGUACCACUACAACAGUUCCUUCAAACAUUGUCCGGCUCUGAACAAUUUUUUUGAGCGCAAGGGUAUUACUUUCGCGAGCGUUGACACUAGAAAUGACAAGGUCAUGCUUGCCCAUGCCAAGAUACAUAUUCUAGAGCUGUACCACGUCGACAUCCAAGAUAUAUUCAAGACCCGGGUAGGAAUGGCUAAUCUAGCAGAGGCCAUCAUCGAGGGUCCUACAAGAACAUGA